GUUUUGUUGUCGAUGUUUGUUGAAUACUUUAGUCCUUUUAUUUAAAUAUAAAUAACAUCCAAUAACAAUGAGCAAGUGCGCUGUGAGUGGAUGUAAAUCUGAACACAAUCCUUUUAAUAGCAGUGUAACAUUUCACCGGGUUACACGAAACAAGAAGUAUUUGCCUCUGUGGGAAAGAGUCGUAAGAAUAAAAUCGAAAUCCAUCCAUGCCAAGAUUUGCAGCCUGCAUUUCAAGGAGAAGGAUUUUGUCAAAGGCAGAGGGGGCAGAGUCCUCAGACCAGGUGCUGUGCCGUCUAUUAAUAUUGUUGAAAAGGACAGCUCAACAGAUGAUGAUGAUGACAACGAAAAGUUGUCUUUGCUGAAGAAUGCACUUUCAAGAAGCAAGAGAGAUUUUUUUACUGCAAGUGCGGAGAAACCAACUCGGUCAGAUUAUGAACAAUAUGUUCCGAAUCCUAAUUUACCUCGGAAUUUCCAAAUGGUGGUGCCAUGCACAUGUUGCAAUUCUGUCCAGUCUUCACACUCCCUUCCAAAACAAACUAGCAACAUGGGAGUACAGACCAAACUGAAGACCAACAAGGAAAUAUCACUACAAGCUAGAGUGAAACUUCUCGAGUUGAGACUCAGAAGGAGGGAUGCCAAGAUCAGCUACAUGCAAACAGUUUUAAACAUGAUCAAGAAACACACUAAAGGUACAGAUAUGGAGUACAAGUUAUGUUGUGAAUUACAGAACAUUUCUGAGUUUACGGAGACAAUUGAUGAUCACAAAGGUAAAAGAGAAAAUAAUAAAAGUAAAACUAGAAAUGGUAUAGUUGAAAGUCCUGUUAGUGAAAUAUCAAGUGGGGAUGAAGAUGCCUGCACAGUUUUUGAAGUGGUACAUAGUCCUAAUCUGAAAAUUUACAAUGGUUUUAGUUGAAGUCUGCAGCUGUGUUACUUAUUGUUUGUGCUACAAAGCUAUUAUGGCUACAUAAUUCUACUUCAGGCAGUUAAAAAAUUUUUUUGAACAUAAAUGCAAAAUAGUGAAACUUUCUAAAAUUGUCAAUAUGAUCAGUUUUGCAGUUAGCUGCAGUUAGCACCAUGUCAUGGUACGGACAAGAAAUUAUUAUUUUGUGAAAUUUUAUGCUGUUCCAUUUUUAACAUAGGAAAAUGUACUAAGCCAAUUUUGAAUAAAGAGACUGGUUAUUAUUACUUACUUUUUUAUUGAUAAGUAAUAGUCAGCAAAACUUAGUAGCUCAGUUCUUUAUUGUAGAUAUGAAAAAUAGAUUACAAGAAGCUUACAUUGGCAAAUGUAUCUGGUCUCUUCACGUUUUGGCACUGCAAUGUCCGUGAUGAGUUAGCUUGGCCUCUGUACUUUUAUCCCAAUUUUAAAUUGAAUUUAAGUGUCCAAAUGUAAUGGAUACAUCAUUUAUCUCCUUUCUCGAGCAUUUAUAUUACUGCCUAGAGUUGCGAUCUCUUUUAUAUUCCAUUACACAUGCAUAAAAUACAGUCGCAAGAACUAUAUCUCUAAAUAAGGCAGGGCUUAUUCCAAAGUAGGUUUUCUUUUUAUUCUUCAUGCCGAAAUGUGGUUUGUUAGGGUUAUUAUUUGCACAUGUGCUGGUUCAGUUCAGCGUUAAAUCCAUGGCUAUUAAGGCGUGUGAUAUUCAGCUUUUCAAGAAAACAGCUUCUUUAGAUGUAUGUCUUGCAAGCGAAGUGACACAGUACAGAAGUUCUAGGUAAUUUAAGAUUGAUCAGGAAUUAAAUAGUAAGCCAUGCUUGAGGUAGUCCAAGGGGAUUCAGAACAACUUAGUUUAUUUUUUUAAAUUAAAUUUAUUCUUCUCAUAUUAUAUAUCUACAAUCUUAUUAUAUUUCAUUCUUCUUAUAUAUCCACAAUCGCGCUCAAUGUUAUUUAGCUAUUUUCCUGUAGGUAUAGUAAAAAUUUCAGUGGUUACGAGUAUGUUAUGUCAUGGUUAUGUUUAUCUAAAAUUACAUGUCAUGUUAACUACAUGUCAAGAAGUCAAGAAGAGGAGUUAUCAAAAGUCAUAGACUAAGGACUAGGUAUUCUAUUCUGUCAAAAUCCAUAUAUACUAAUUAUAAAUGGGAAAGUGUGUGUGUCUGUUUGUUUGUCCGUCUUUCACGGCAAAACGGAGCGACGAAUCGACGUCAUAUUUUGGGUGGAGUUAGUUGAAGGGAUGGAGAGUGACAUAGACUACUUUUUGUCUCUUUCUAACGCGUGCGAAGCCGCGGGCAAAAGCCAGUAAAAGAGACGGCGAUAUUGAUUGCUCACCGCUGGGCGAGUAACUAUAAACAUCGCCGUGUCUCUUUUAUUAACGCGGAAGUGAUUAUCUUCUGUUCGUUUUUAUAGCCGAUAGCUCAUAGUUUACUAGCUCGCGGUGGGACCAGUGCCUAAUAGAAAAAAAAUAUCAGGAUUUGUGUUCCAAUAAUGAUUCUCCACAGAAAAUUUUUAGAAUUCUGCACCACGCAGAGGAUCUAGUUACCUAUAGAAUCCUUUGCUUCGUUUAGGAUUCAAUG